AAUGACUGAAUAUCAAAUACGAUAAUUAUCCACGAGGGCGGCGGUGAUGUUCUUAAGUUUAGAUUUAAGUACGUGUGAUUUUAUAAAUAAACAAUUGAAAUUAAUAGUUGUCUUUGAUGUUUUUGUUUUAAUUACUAUUUUUUAAAAUCAGACCAAGCGACUAGACGCGCUCUCUAGUGGCAAUAGAAAUCAUUGUUUCAUUGUGAAUAUUUAAUUGUAGCCACAUUUACAACACGGCGAUCGUAUAUACAACGGAGCUUUAUACAGGAUCCAUGGUGUAUAGGCUCCAUGCAUUUGCAUCUCACGAGUUUAACAAUAUAAAACUCGUGUAAUUUGUGCAAUGCUGAAUCAAGUAAAGAUUACCUUAGUGUAUUAUAGCAAUGGCUGAAAAAUUGCGGAGAUAUGAAAAAAUCGAUUUUCUUGGAGAGGGACAGUUUGCGACUGUUUACAAAGCAAAGGAUGUAAAAACAGGAAAAAUUGUUGCCGUUAAAAAGAUCAAAGUCGGUAGUCGUGCAGAAGCUAGAGAUGGGAUAAAUAGAACUGCGUUGAGAGAAAUAAAGCUUUUACAAGAAUUGAAACAUGAUAACGUGAUUGGAUUAUUGGAUGUCUUCGGUUAUAAAUCCAAUGUUUCAUUAGUAUUCGAUUUCAUGGAUACAGAUUUAGAAGUAAUAAUAAAAGACAGCAAUAUUGUCUUAACACCUCCGCAUAUAAAAGCGUAUAUGAUUCAAACUCUUCAAGGUUUAGAUUAUUUACAUUUUAAUUGGAUACUUCAUAGAGAUUUGAAACCUAAUAAUUUAUUGGUUACGUCUGAGGGAGUCUUAAAAAUAGGUGAUUUUGGAUUAGCCAAAUUUUUUGGUUCCCCUAAUAGAAUAAAUACUCAUCAGGUGGUAACUAGAUGGUAUAGAGCCCCUGAAUUACUUUAUGGUGCAAGACUUUAUAAUACUGGUAUUGAUAUGUGGGCGGUUGGUUGUAUAUUAGCAGAAUUAUUAUUACGUGCACCUUUCUUACCUGGAGAAUCUGACUUGGAUCAACUUACUAGGAUAUUUCAGACACUAGGUACCCCAACCGAAGAAACAUGGCCAGGCAUGACGGAAUUAUCCGAUUUUAUUCAAUUCAAACCUUUUCCGGGAAUGCCAUUGAAGGAUAUAUUCACUGCUGCAAGCGAUGAUUUAUUAGAUUUAAUUGCUUGUCUAUUAAAUGUUAAUCCAUUAGAGAGAUGUACAUGCGACCAAGCGUUACAAAUGCCAUACUUUAGCAACAAACCAGGUCCGACACCUGGAUCUAGAUUACCUCUUCCAAUGACAAUAAAACAUCAGCCAGAAGAAAAGAUAAGUUUGAAGCGUAAAUUAUUGGAGACCAUAGAAGGUGCUCCCCUUGCUAAAAGACUACAAUUUUGAUGUAUAUUUUGAACAAACAAUGAUAAGAUUUAUCAUCACGAGUUUGUUAAUUUUAGUUAUUAAGUCUAUUUAAGGAUUGCCAAAUAAAUAUAAAUACUUUGAAUGUUA